AUCACCGAGACGGAAAAAUGGAAGGCGCCGCCAUGAAAAGCCACUCCCUCUUCCCCCUGGAGACCUGCCCCCACGUCCCCGACGACGCCUUCCGCCAGUUCCACAGCAUCGACCGCGACCUCUACGCCCUCCUCACCCGCGCCCUCCGCCGCGACCCCCUCGAGUCCGUCCAUGUCAUCGCCUUCCUCAUGUGGCUCGAGCGCGAGUGCGCCGACUCCACCCUCAUCAAGCGCGUCUCCUCCCUCCCCCCUCUCCUCGUCAACGCCGCCGCCGCCGAGGCCGCCGCCUGCGUCAAGUGCAUCGAGUCCGACCACUUCAUCGCCGGCCCCGACGACGGCGCCAAGCUCCUCUCCGAGCUCCUCAACAUCCCCUCCGGCGUCAGCCUCCGCUUCCUCCACGACAACCGCAUCACGGUCCACCGAAGCGUCGCCAAGAUCACGAAUACCGUCUGCUGGCGCGCCCUCGGCGACCUCAUCGGCCCCGUGGCGCCGCCUCCCAUGCAAUUGCUGUACAAUCCGUACGCUGGAUUGGCAGCGCAUGGGGUGGUGGUCCCACCUCAUUCGCCUCCGCUGCCAGUGGCAGCGAAUGUGAAUGUGAUGGGACUACCCCAGCUGCACGUGCCAGAUGCAGCCGGGGUAUUCCCGCCUUUUGACGUGGCAGCGCAGAGGCUGAUGGUGGGGCACGAGUUGGGGAAUUUGGUGGCUAAGAAUUUGAAUUUCAACGAUAGCAAAGUGGAGAAAGAGGUGUCGCCAGAUGACCGUACGAUCUUCUUGACGUUUUCGAAAGGGUAUCCUACUACUGAAGAGGAGGUUCGGGAAUAUUUCACUAGGAGAUUUGGGGAUUUUAUAGAGGAUGUGAUAAUGCAAGAGGUGGUGGAUGAGCAGCCGUUGUAUGCGAAGAUGGUGGCGAAGUCGGCAGCGGUGAUUGAUGGUAUAGUUGAGGGGAACAAGGCUAAGUAUUCGAUAAAUGGGAAGCAUGUGUGGGCAAGGAAGUAUGUGAAGAAGCCGCCGCAGCAGAGGUCGCCGCCCAAGGGGGAGGCUUCUGGUUCUGGUUCUUCUCCGACGCUGCCAAAGAAAUUAGCUUGAAUUUGAGGGAUUUUUUUUUAUAUACUUACAGUGUAUUUAUUGUUUC